AGCGUUGCGUUCGCCGUGGUACGCGUUAGUUUCCGUUUUUCCUGAGCCCGCCGAGUUCUGAGAAGGAAGUGUUCCGUGCACAGCAAUUCACAGCCGUGUUUUCUUCACCGAUACAGAAGUUGUGCAAGCGAAAGGAAGGAAGAAGUGUAUUCUGAAAGUGUGUUUGUUUGGUCCGAUAUCAUAUCGCCCAGCCCUUGCGCCCAAUUUCACCCCCCAACAAAAAAUCACCCUGUCUCCUCCCCCCCCAUUACCGUGUGGAGCGCAAUUCCACUGGAAGUCGCGUGGCCUGUUCGGUGUGUGUGUAUUGUGAGUGCUUUGUUGUGAGUGAGUGAGAGCAGAGCCCUCCAGAGUGUUUGCGAAAAGUGUGCAGCAGCCGCCAGCAGUCUGUACGUUCUAAAACAACAACAACAACAACACACUCUCACACCCCGUUCGACUGACACCUAACUCAAUUCGAGUAACAGCCAAAAAGCAAACAACUACAACUACAACAACAAACGAAAACAAUAAACAACAAAAGCACACACGAAAAAAAACUCACAAAACGCAAAGCGGCUGCCCGUGACCAACAAACAAGGCGCCAAGGUGUGUUAAAGCCCACCUUCCCGCACAGCUUAUAUAAAAAAAAGCAAAGGCUACUCUCUCACUUGGCCAACCCAGGGAGCCGCUACAGGCUACACAACCCGCAUCACGAUCGCGUUCACGCAGCAACAGCAUCCCCCCGGUGCCGGUGUGAUGAUCAUGGCGUCAUUCAACGGUGGCAGUGCCGCGGGCGGCGGCGGUGGCGGCGGCCAGGAUGGGCCGCACAACAAGCGGCUCUGUACCGGCCAGGAGAUGGGCGAGGUGCCGCUCAAUAGUCGGAACAAUAAUAACAACAUCAACGUCACAGACGAACCGCGCCGGAAGCGCGACGUUGCGACGCGCCCCAACCAUAUCCUGCUGUUCACGAUCCUGAACCCGAUCUAUCCGAUCACAGUGGACGUACUGCACACGAUCUGUCACCCAAAUGGCCAAGUGCAACGCAUCGUGAUAUUCAAGAAGAAUGGCGUCCAAGCGAUGGUUGAGUUCGACAGCAUAGAGUCAGCGACGCGCGCCAAAGACAGCCUGAACGGUUGCGACAUCUACUCCGGCUGCUGCACACUGAAGAUCGACUACGCAAAGCCAGAAAAACUCAAUGUUUACAAAAACGACAGUGACUCCAGUUGGGACUACACGCUGGUAGCUGCCACCACGGUUAAGGAGGUCGGUAAUGGACGCUCGCCCCUGCUCCAGGAUCCAACGCUCUUCGGUGGACGACCGCAGCCGUACAGUAAGUACCUUUCACCAUCACAUACACCCUACAACGAGUACUCUCAACCUACUCAAGGAACCCGCUCAAGUCUAGAACCUGCUCUGCUAGGCGCCGGCGGUGGUAAUGGUUUUCCGCCGAACUUUUCGCCCCCGGACUUCCACCCGUCGGAGAACUGGAAACCGGCGGCCGCCGGUACGCACGUCGGCCUGAUGAAGGAUCCGCCGCUGCCACGCAACGGGCCAACCAACUUUAUCCAGCCAACGCAGCAACAGGGCGCAGUGAUGAUGGUUUACGGACUCGACAAUGGAACCGCCAACACCGAUAAGCUUUUCAAUCUGUUCUGCCUGUACGGCAACGUGGUGCGGAUAAAGUUCCUGAAGACAAAGGAAGGCACCGCCAUGGUCCAGAUGGGUGACGCCAUCGCAGUCGAACGUUGCGUCCAGCACCUGAACAACAUUCCAAUCGGAAAUGAUGGCAAAAUUCAGAUCGCAUUUUCCAAGCAAAACUUUUUGUCCGAGGUCACAAACCCUUACACCCUGCCGGACCAUACGCCCAGCUUCAAGGAAUAUACUGGCUCGAAGAACAACCGCUUCCUGUCGCUGACCCAGGCCAGCAAGAACCGCAUCCAGCCGCCAAGCAAGAUUCUUCACUUCUUCAACACACCGCCUGGGCUGACCGACGAGCAGCUGAUUGCGGCAUUCGGCAGCAACGAUUGCCACCCGUCGCAAGUGCGCAUGUUCCCGCUGAAAUCGGAACGCUCCUCGUCCGGGCUGGUCGAGUUCCCGAGCGUCGCCCUUGCCGUCCAGGCGAUCAUGAAGUGCAACCACACCGCCAUCGAUCACAAAGGCACAAAGUUCCCGUUCAUCAUGAAGCUCUGCUUCUCGUCCUCGAAAACGAUGAACGGCGCGUGGAACAACGAAAACAUCGAGAACAUGAAGCAGGCCGGCUCGGUCGUGCAGACGUCGCCCGGUGCCGAGGACGAACCGAUGCAGGCCCGAUAAAUCGAUCGUCGUCCAUCACAUGCCGCCGUCGCCGCCGCUCCCCAAGACCGUUGCUUUGUGCGCGAAAUGCUGCGAUUCCGGUGCGAGUAGGCGCAACCGUAGGGCUUCGGGGCAGGUUCAUCCCUGUGUAAUGUGUGUAUGAGUGUUAGAUGUGAUGCUUAUAGAGAUGAGGUGGCGUAAUAGAAGAAGAAAUGCGAUAUUAAUACCGGCCCCGUAUCAUAUUGCCGUUUCAUCCUCCGGCCAAGCGAGCCAGCGAGGGGCGGCAGGGAAAGCUCAUCAACUAUCGUAAAACAACCACCGUGUUUUCUUUUUCUUUUUUCUUCUUUGUUGUUGUCCUGUGUCCGAUCCGGCAUAUUCAUUCACCUUCCAUAAUGAUGAAGCAUCGCUGCUCGUUUGUGGGCGGCACACGCGUUCUCGCGUUCGUGAGUGGCAGCAACGCUCACGACUCCUCGUCUAUCCAUAUUGCGCUACAAGUAGUGUGUUAAGUUAGAGCUACGUGAACUCAAGCAGCCGUAAAAACCAGAAACGUUUAAAUUAGAGAUAUGCUGUAGAUGAGCAAAGGCUUGGAAGAGGGAGGGAGAGCAAGAAAAGCGAAAAGCGCCACUAUCCGCGCUCUCCGUUUUGUGAUGUGUGUGUGUGUGUGCGCACGCACACUCGCGGGGUUUGUUUUUUCGUCCAGCCUAUAAUAAGAUACAGUAUGUAUGUGUGUGUGUAUUGUACGGUUAGAAGUUUAUUUUUUAUGUUAUUAGCCAACGGAAGCAAAGAAAAACACUACAUGGGAAGGAGGCAGUGAACGCGCGAAACGAAAGUAAACCACCGGAAGAUGAUGAUAGUGAAGAUACUACAGUGUUGAUGGCUGAAACCCCGAUUCCCCCAAUUCUCAAACCCACAAAAACGAAACGGCCUUCGGUUCGUUUUGUCCGUUUUCUUUAAUUGCUUUACAAUCGCAAACCCCCCCUCACAUCAUCGUGCAACAAUCGUCACAAUCAACUAGAAAAGAAAAGACUCUAGGAGCUGUUGACGUUCGGAGAAGGAAAGGCAGGAAACAGGAAAGGAGGAUAGGAGAACGACAGCAAACGAAGAAGCGUAACUGAAACCGGUCGGCAAACAGAUCCCCCGCGCGCGUGAAUCAAGAAAGCUUUGAAACCAAAAAAGGAGAACAUUGAGAGGAGGAAACAUUGCAAAAGAGAACAAAAAGAUAACAAACAAACAAACAAAAAGGUAACUUUGCGAACUGGCCGGCAGAGGGCGGUGGUGCAGCAGCUAAGUGUGCAUCGCCGUGUGUUCGAUUUUUAGACAAUUAAGUAAGCAGAAGUAACCUUAACUAAACUAUCAGAACGACUACUGUUCUUCUGUCCUUGUUAUCUAUCUAUCCCCAGAUUGUUGUUUUCGUUUCGAUAAUUCCUUUUUUAGUUUUUUUUCGCAAUUUUUCAAUAAUUUUUCUUCCCGUUUGUUAUUAUCAUCAAUUGCUUCUUCUUUUUUCACAUUUGUUCUUCUUAAAUUUCUUCCUCCAUGAGCCCUUAGAUACUUUGAUACAACCAACAAGAGAAAAGACAUUAUUUAUUGUUUACUAAUUUAGAGGAAAAAUUGCACAGCAUUCGGGUGAAUACUAGGCAGGGAAGGGUCAAGAGAGUGUGCAGUGGAAGAAUCGAGAUGAAGAUUGACACAAACAAAUCGUCUAAUUCAGAGGGCAACAAAAACAACAGCUAGUAUGAAGGAUAGUAACAAUUGUAAUGUGCAAUCUGCUGCUGCUGCUGCUCUCACUCUCUAUACAUCAAUCUUCAUCUUCUCCUCUGUGUGUCCUUCCCUCUCCUUCUCUCUCCCGAAUGUGCGCUUGUUUGUGAUGAACGGUACGCAUGUGGCAUGGCCGUAGUCCUCUUGAUUAAUGACACGGCCACGAGUAUGAACGUGAAGAUGCACUGCCGCCAGCAAGGUGUGUGUGUGCAUGUCUGUGUGCUAAUAAUGGAUGUUUGGGUGUGUGCGCGCGCGUGUGUGCCCUGUGUAUACGUUAGCCAGUGUUGCUAACAGAACCCGUGUGCACGCAUGUAGAAUGUAUUCGAUUUGUUUGUCUUUAGUUGAUCUGUGGCUCUCGGUAGCUUGUCUUUCGUUUCAGAGUUUAAGGCAAGAUUUCGCUGGUACGAGAAGCUCACAUAAGCACUAGUUAAAGAAAAGGGAUGAAUUUCGAUCGAGGAAAAUAAACUUAAGAAUGGCAUGAAUGUGAGAAACACAUGAACAAAAGCAGAAACUAUAUGAUAUUGUAAGCGCCACAUACCCAGAUGGCGAUGAUGCGCACGAACGAAACAACACGCAAAUGGGUUUAGGGUCGAAAUUGCGUUCGAUGAAGCGGUGAACACUUGAACACAUCCAACACAACAACAAAAUAACACGCAUCUACACUCUCUCUCUCUCUCACACACACACGCACACUCCGUUUGUAAUUCGUUAGAAGAAGGUAAUCGAACUCGUUUCGCACUUUCUGUAACCUUUUUUGUUUCAUGUCAGCAGCAUAUUGGCACCAACGCUCAAUCAUCAUCCGUUGUACAAUCGCAACCGAACAACCAUUCAAUUACUGCUACAAAGCACGCGGGGAGCUGUGGCGUAAGCCAAGCAGAGACAAAAUUCACUAAUCUAAGCGCCUAAGUAUAUGUUUUAGAAAUGGUUAAGUAAUUACAGUUGUGUCCUUAGUUUUUACGUACGAGCUACAACAAACAAAUAAUCAAACACACUCACACACACACACACACAUAAACCUACCCCUUUCCAUUACUCUCACACAACUUUCGCAGCAAGAAACACCUACAAAAUCGCACACCCGCCAACGCUACUCUGGCCUGCAUAAUGGAGGCUAAAAAAGAAAAAAACAAAGCGGGCACACGCAAUAAACUUGAUUACACCACAGCAUUACACCACAAUAUACACCACCAAUAUAAACAAAACAAAGCCACUAUACACACACACCGCACCGAAGAAAACACCUGUUGAAAUCGUCGCCGUCGUUUCGAAGACAUUUGCCGCAAAGAACCGGGAAAACGGAAGUAGGGGAAAACAUGGAACGAGUGUUACGAAAAACUGUUUGAAGUUUUAGCGUGUUUUCCUGUAAAUCAUUGUCUUUAUAUCAUAUUAUCAUCAUCGUUGUUUUCUUCUUUUCUCUUCGUUUUGUUUCCCUUUUCUACUUGAUCUUGUCGUUUACCUAGGCACUUAUGUUACUAGCAUCAUCAUUAGAGAACAUUUCGAUGUGUAAGACGUUUUGUUAGAGCUUUUUUUUAUUACUAUUUUUAUUAUUAUUCUUAACUAUAAUUAAUGUUUAGCUUUUAGUACUUUCGUCUAGGUUUUUUAGUGCUUAGUGCGGCAAAAUCUGGUUAUGAGUUUUCGUUUUUUUCUGUUUUGAAGGGAAAAGUGCAAACAAACAACACGAGCAAACCAAACAAAAGGCAAAACACAAAAACAAAACCUGCAGUAAAUCAACAGCAAAUCCGUUGAUAUGUGUGCAAUCUAAGAGAGUCUUUGAACCCUUUUUCUCUCUAAAAGUGGUCAAGUGUCUGUGUAUUAGUGUAGCGGUUCGGUUUAGAAUGUUUUGUUUUCUCUUUUUGUUUGGAGUUUUAGGAAUUGAGCAUCUCGGUUUUUUUGUUUCGUAGUUUUUUUUUUUCUUAUUGUUUCAAUAAAGAAGAAUAGAUUGAAAUUCAACUGGAAAAAAAACGUGUGCUCGUUCACCGAGCCGAAUUGAAGAGUGCGAGAGGGAGAAAAGGAUGAAAUGGAAACGCUUCUAGGCAACCGUCUUGAAAGAACCAACCUCGACCGCAGUAAAUCAUCCCACUUUUCAUUUGUUUACUUUUGUUUUGGUCUCCUUUUGGUUUUAUUUUUCCUGUAUUUCCCUUUUUCUUCAGAAUCUACAUAUCCUAGCGAAACGUUACUAUCAGCAACAAUUUUGGGUGCGUAGAGGACAGAGCGCACUCGUCGCGUUCACGCGUCGUGCGGACGGCAAAAAGCCUAAACACUUCUCCCGAACCAUAUUUGGACGAAUCUUUAGGAAGACAACCAUUUGAGGACUUCUUGCAAGAGAUGGGAAACAGACAGAUCCCGUGGAAGAAUUAUACACAUACUUAUAUUUACACAGUAAAGAUGGCCGACAAGAAGGAAGUGUGUCCUUUUGUGGAGCCAUUUUUCGGAAUGGCGGAAAAGGAACUAUGUCCAGUCGAAAAACGAUUUAAAAAGACACAGAGAAGUGCGCGCGCGCGUGUGUGUGUGUAUGAAACAAAUAAUCAAUAAUAAUAAUAAUAAUGUAUAUGGUGGUCCAAUGUUGAAAUAAUAUCAUUUUACAGCUAACAAGAAAUAGAAGAAACCAACUAUGUUUAACCAAGCAAAAUGGGGAGGAAAAAUUCCUCCCUAGAGAAAAACGGAUAUAAAGAGACAAUUAGGGCAAGAUAAAGAGAGAGAGAGCAAGAGAAAAACGAAACACUUCACGCGACUAGGAGCCUCAUUUAUUUACCCCCCAAUUUUAGCAGAAAGAUUUUAGAGAACAGACCGAAGCGCAAUGAUGAGUGUGUGUGUGUGUCUGCUGCGUGUAGUGUACGUACGCCCGCUAAUAGAAUGAACCCACCUAGAGGAAAGGUCUGGAUAGAAACGGAAGUGAACGGAGUAGGCAAUCAUCUAAACAAUGGCGUAAAUAGUUUCCAUUUAUUUUUCCAGUACAUUACCACCUGCCCGAACCACUGUUACGACUGCUUUUUUGCUCCACUAGAUACAAUCAAGUUUCUCAAGAAGAAGAAGAAGAAGAAGAAGAAGAAGAAGAAUGCCAGCAGUAUCAAUCAGUCCCCGUUUUUAACGAAACCGAACGAUUUAAAGACAAUUAAAGGUUAGCUCUAUGAUUAAAUUAGAAUCAUUUUUUCCCACUAUCAGGCUGUGGAAGCGAGAGUACGUGUGUGUGUGUGUUUAUGGUUGGGUGUUUCUUGUUGUUUUAAGUACUGUAAAAGAGAAGAAGGGGCACUUCGCAAGAGUGCUACCGAGGGGGGGACUUCUAUGUGUAAUGUGCAAUCAAUAAGAAUUGUUAUCGGCUUUAGGUUUUUAAAAUCAUUUUAGAAAAAGACCCCCGAACGCAAUCUGUUACAAAGCUGUUGUUAAGUAAGGCAAAACUGAAUAGUAUCUUCUUUUUUUUAAUCCCACUCCUUUCCCUUUCAACAUUUCUUCUCUCUUUGAAAAGAAAACUGCAAAAGCAAUCGAACGAACACAUUUACUUCUCGAUCUACCUACACCCUUCGGAAGGCAUAAGUAGGUUUGUUUUUGCUCAAUCGUACAGAACUGAAGCCUGCAAAACAAGGGGGGCGGGUGAUCGAGUUGUGUACCGUUUGUUUCCUAUUUCACUUCUUCUAAAUAGCCAAUCGUUUCAAGCUGUGCAAUAAUUACGUGUUUUUUUCUGGCGCCGAGACACGCUACAAUCAGUUAGUCGCGUUUUCUAUUUAUUACCUUACCUUACCUUUAGCUUCAUAAGUAGACUAAUUUUCAAUGAUGCCAGCGUGAUCCCGGUGCGAGGGCACUGUACCACGAGGUACAGAGAGCGUGUUUGUUAACGCUCCGAGAGAAGAAAAACCUAUUCCCACCUUUAAUAUAUAUACACAGCAAACAAAACGGAACAGAAACAGAACAAAACUGAAGCUCUCCUCUUAAAGAGAUCGUGCUACUUACUGAACUAUUACUAAAAACACAAAGCAAGGAGAGAAAUCCCAUCUGUAGGUGAAAUCGAAGAGGGGAAGGUGUGCAUAAGGGCGCAUUUUAUUUAAACGACAUACAACGGCACCCGUUGUGUGAGGCAAUUUACGACAAUAUUUAAUGGUUGCGAAAAUAAAAGGGGAAAAGAGUGCUCGAUCGUCUACGAUCGAUGGGUGCGGAAGCUAGACCGAUGAGUGUGAAAGAUGGUAGCGCGCGCGCGCGCGUGUGUGUGUGUUUAUGGUGCGAACGAAUUGAACAUAUCGAUAUCGGCGCAGGAGAUUAGGGUGAGUGGAUCUGUGAGUGUGUAAUCGUUUCGUUUCGUGUCUUACUUGUUAAGCUGAACAACAUUAGUAUGGCUAUGAUGAAUCGGUUUUUUGUUUUGUUCCGUUCGCGUUUGUUACGAAGCUUUCUGUUCGGAUGUGUAUGGAACCGAGACAAAAAAAAAACAAGCUCGAAUUAAGGAAAAUUAGCAGCUCCGCUUUAGAAAACCGCGGUGGAUGGUAGUGUAUUUGGAUAGUUCGUUUAGUGCUCAGUGCUGACCCUUUUUCGGGAAGGGAAUAUAGAUAUUGGUUCCGUGACAUUUCUCAACACAUAAACAUUUGAAAAGAAAGCAUCCAAGUCAAAUUAAACACGCCUCCAGCGAUAAUGGUCUUUGACGAAGAGCGAAGACGAACAAAUGGAGCGUGAACAACCCAUUAAAUAUUGAGUAAAAGCAUAAAAGUAUAAAAAGAAAAACCUAAUAAUAAACACAACUAAAAUGUGUGUGUGUUUAUGAAAAGAAGGAAAAGAAGAGAAAAAUCACAACUUACACACACACAUAAAUAGAGAGAGAGAGGGAAAUAAUUGAUAUACUAAAUAGCAUUAUUGUAUCUUAAGAAAGCAAAAGAAAAACUUAAGACAAAUUCUAAGCAAAAGUAGGCUAAAUGUUAGUGCUAAAAUGUAAAAGAGAGAUAAAAAAAACUCGUGCAGACAAACAAAAAAAGAAACAAAACAAAAAACAAAGUAUGAAAGUAAAAGGGAAGAAAGCAAGCAGGUGUGUGCAAUGAUAUUGGAUAAAGUGCAUGAAAAAACAGAACAAGACCAAUGAAGGAAACAAAAACAAAUCUUGGAUGAACAGCAAAAACGCCAAACCGAGACAAAUAGAGACAAGAAUGGAAGGAGAAAAUCAAAGGACAAUUUACGCACCACCACCACCCCACUGGACAUGAUGGCCUCCUCUAUCCCUAUAUACAUAUGCAAAGCAAACAAAGCAAAAGCCCAACUGUGUGGUCCAAUCGAGGGCCUCCAACACUGUAGGCGGGUAGCACACAGUGUUGUUCCGAAUCUGUUUUCUCUCUACCGCGGCCCGCGGCUCCCGGGAAACCGGAGACCGAUCUACUGAUCUGCUGCGGAACGCCGCGCACAGUCGAUGUAAAGGCAAGUGUCAAUUAUUUUUCUCUACCAAAAUAACAACAACAAACAAACGAACUAAAUGCAACAUCAGCACAACACACUUCAGCGCAGACACGGACACAAACAUACACAGAAGCAAAUGAAAAAAAAAACAACAAAUGUAUGUGCCUACCCGGAACGGAACUCGAACUUUUCAAGCACUCGAAACACACAAACUUUCACACAAACGCAGGCAAAACUAGAAAAAGGACAAGACAGAAAAGGCAGGUACGAACCUGCAAAACAAUUUGCUUAAUUUAAAUUAAACCACUUCCAAAGGCAAAAAAUGGAAAACUCCCCACACGCCCGCUAAUUGGAAAACCCGAAUAGAAGAGAAUAGAGAGAAUGACGUGCCAAAGGAAAGAAGAAAAGUGCAACUGUAGUAAAGAAAGAGAGAGAGAGAAGGCGAAACGAAUCGCAAAGGAAUCGCAACAUGUUGAAGGCUAGACGGCUUCUUCAGACACGGCAAGAUUAGCUAAUUUUAAUAGGAAAAGGUAACUGAAGGUGAAGGCUACAAAAUGGGUAAGAAACAAUGGAGGAUAGCAAAUUUUUAGCAAACUUGUUGUAAGCGUGAAAGUGCGUGAGUAGUGUGUGUAUUUAGUGGACCACAUGAAAAUGGCACCCAGGGUGAGAAGGAUAGUUUUUUGUGUGCGUUGGUUUACCUUUUUCCUUUCAAUCAUUAAUUCAUUUCUUUCCGGCUGUAUGGUAAACUACUACAGGAGAGAAACAAGCUGGAUCACAUAAACACAACGAAAUCAACCGUUUCCGUUCCAUCGCAUCCACACGCGAUCCUGUCGGCAGGAUGAUGAUCCCAUUUCCUAUAUUAUUUAAACCCGGAAAUGUUGACUUUAAACUGGAAAAGAUUGUGCUUUAGCGUUAAAACAAACUCACUGAGUGGAAAAUGGGGGGAGGAAAUCGAAAAAGCACCACGGCUUGCUUUAAAUGAUGACAGCUGUCAGGAUUUGCACAUUGACAGCUGAGUUUUGACGCGGGGAUGUUGUUAUUAUGUAUUUAUUAGUAUCAUUAUCAUUAUCUAUGUCAUUGUCAGCCGGUUUGACAAGCAGCCAUUGAAACAUCGAAAACAAGAAGGGAAAAGGAAAGACAGUAACAGUAACAACAACACGCGACACAUUUACAGUCUACACACUUACAGAAGGACACACAACACACACACAUACACAGAUGGAGAAAGACGUGGAACUAAAAAGGCAGCAAAACACUUUUGGUAGUUGUAUGUGCCAAGAGAAUGGCAAGUGGGAGGAUGCAAGUAAGGAAGUAAAGGAGCAAAAAUAACAGAAGAAAAGAGGCAAAGGCAAACAAAACACGUAAACGUAAGAUAAAGUAAAAUAAAAUAUCUGACCUAAGAGAAACAAAUAAAUCUAGAACAAAACAUAUCGUUUGCGAGCAUAAAUACUCUUUAUCUCUUCUCUCCUGGUGCACGAGCGUACACUCACCUAUACACACACGUGUGUGUUUGUGUGUGUGCGUUAGUGAGGGGGAAAAAACGGUGGAAAAAAAACACAAAUAACGGUGCUCACCACUUCUACUACUGCUGCUGUCUACUACUACUACCACUACCACCACCACCAAUUCACCAACACCAUCAGUCUACCACCAUUAUCAUUACUACUAUCACUAAAAACUAUUACUACUACUACUAUCGCUGCUACAGCUGCAACAAAAAGCGCGUAGGCAAACACUUAUACAUACAUGCAUACAAUACAUACAAUACAUACAUACAUACAACAAAAAAACAUAUGAAAAUACAUUAACUACAUAACAUAACAAUGCAUACCAUGCGUACAAAGGAGAGACGUACGCUACAUAUUUAGGGUGAAAGGAAUAAAUGGUCUAAAUUGUAGAGAAAAUACCAUAAAAAAUAAGUACACACAUUAUUUCAGCGAUGAAACUGUGUCGAAAGAGACAAAGAGAGAGAGAGCAAAAGAAGGAGAGAAAAGCUCUGCUUUAUCUCUCUUCUUCCUGCUCUCCACUCCACUGUCCUUGUAUGUUUCACCGGGUUAAUAGGGGUUAAUAGUGCAUAAAUGUUACACACUUACACUUAAAAUUACACUCUUACACUUACCUACACGCGCCAUCAUCAUCGCCGUUCUUUCAUCACCCGUUACAUUUGCAAAACAAAGGAAAGCAAAACAUAAACACACAAACAAGGGGUAGGAAAGACGGGAAUGGAUGUAAUACACACUUAAAACAAAAGCUAAAAGAAGGCAACAAAGAGGUAGCAAACCCAAUAGCAACUGUAGUAGCUAUAAAAACACACACACACAGCAGGAUGAAAGGUAUAAUUUGAAAAUGGCUAGUAGAACAUGGCAAGUGAAAGAAGUAACAAUUCACAGCAGCGCCCCGGUGCGGUGUAAAACUUAACCGAGUAGAGUAGAGAGUAAACACACUCACACACGAUGAAGCGAUGAUGGUGGUGGUCAACAAAGAGAGCAAAAACAUAAAACUCUUUGUCCCGUUUCUGCCGCCGACGCUACCCCAAAAAAAAAGAAAAGAAAUACAGUUCAAACACUGUAGUAGUAAUACAACAAUAAUACUCCCCUCCGCAGAAGUAAUCGAAACCAGUAGUAGUCUGUCAGUUUGCAAAACCUAACACAAACCGAAGUGGGGUUUAGUUCCAGAAACAUUACAACACGUACACAGAAUCAGCAAACACAUAAAACACAACACUAAAUAACAAAACGAUUAAUGUGUUAACACAUUGCAUAAAGCGUGUACCGCCACAUACAUACACACAUGAAUGUUGCUGUAGAGUAGAAAGAAGGAAAACAAAACAAAAACUAAUAACAAUAGAGAGAUCAAUUAUUAAAACAAACCAAGGUCAGGGGAGCCUGUAAUGUCAUAUCUAAAAUGAUGGUGGUGAUAUGGGGAAAACAUAAACAUCCAGAUAUUACAUAUUGACAUGCACACACUUAUAUAAAACAAUACACAAACACACAAGAACACAAGAAGCUCAUAAGAAAAGGGGCUGAAUGCAACACUAAUGAGUUACAUUUUUGUUUGUGUGCAAAUGGAGCAAAACAAAAACAAAAACAAAAGAACGAUCCCAUUCCACAACCACAAACCAACUAAACCAACAUAAAACUCAAAACAAGCAAGCAUAACAUAAUAACAGUCAAAAACAGAUCAACAGAAACAACAAAACAUCAGAAGAAAUAAACGGGAUAGAGAAAACAAAUACAAAAAAAAAAUACAAAUUGCUAUUAGAUUUGCUAGUAAAAACAACAACAAAAAACAUAUAAAUUAAUAUAUUCCCCCCUCACUCUCUCUCUCUCUAGCUCUCCCUUACAUGUAACAAAACAAAAAGAAAUACAUUAAUACACGCAUUAUACAUUUAAACACUGAAGAAAAAAAAAAGAAAAAACCAUAAAAACACAAAACUAAACUUGUUUUCAUUUUCUCGUUUUCUCGUUCUCGUUUUGUGUCAAUUAGAUUUUUCGUUUCGAUGGAAGUAUGUUCCAUGUACCGGGACGGUUCUUAUUUGUUCGAUACUGUUUGAGAAAUUGCCCUUUUUAUUUUAAGUUCUUUUGUUUGUUUUAGUGAUUUUAUUAUUCUUUUCAUACUCUAUUACUAUGUUUUUCCUAUUUACUUAUUUCUGUACACAUUUUAGUAAUUAUAUUUACAUUUUUCUUUUUUUAUGUUACUUUUUUACCCGUUACUUUUAUGCAAUUGUGGAACCAACAUUCCGAAACCGAGCCAAAACGAGAGAGCAAACACCCACAGCCCACCAGAAACCAGUUUACACGAACAAUAUCACGACCUUCACCACCACCACCACCACCACCAAUACAUCAACAGUCAACAGUGCGCUUUCAUCACCACACAGAGCGGUUUACACGUCACGAUCAACAGUCACCUGCCCGUUGUUGUCCAUCCAUCCUGUCCGUCUGUCCGUCUGUCUGUCUGACUGUCUGUCUGUCUGUCUGCCUGUUUGUCCGUUCUCGUCCGUCCGUUAUUUCCCCCCAAAAAGGCCUUUCGUCCUUUCGUUUGUCUCACUGUACUGCGCCUUCCCAAAACGAUUAAUUUGCUUUAUUUGCGCAUUACUUUGUCCAAAGCAGUUUGCCAAUGCAUCCUCGUCUUGCCUUGAUUUUCCCAUCUUUCGAAUGGUUGAAGAUAUUUUGUAGGGUAAGUAGAAUCAAUUUUUAUGUACCUAGACUUUAAUCGAUUAUUGGAUAGAUAAUUGUUCGUAUAGAUCAUUCAUAUUUUAUUUGAUAAUUCAUGUUACAUAAAAAUAUAAAGAUAUUUUGUACAUAUUAUCCCAAAAACGACGACUCUUUCCAUUGCUCGAAGCCAUUGUUCGCUAUGGUUUAUAGUGACACCCUAUCAUGCCAACGUAAAGUAGUCAAUUUGAUGUAAGGCACAACUCCAACCAUUAUCACAACCCGUUCUGAAGUAUUUGAAACGGAACUAUUCGGGGAGGGGCUUGUUAACUUGUAGGAAAGUAUAGUGAUAGCUAUACACACUAAAAGUAGAGAAGCAAUUCCAUAAUCCUAGCAUGAAACUAACUAGUGUGCGGUAGUGUGACUAGCAAAUUAAAAAAAAAAAACAAACACAAAACUAAAACAAAACCAAAACAAACAAACAAAAACCAUAAACCCGGAAGCACUUGCAAUAUACAAAAAUCUAAACCGAUCGAAGACUUUGGAGACUUUCGCUGCUCCGCUUCGAUCGCGUAUACAGGAGGAAACCCCGAACCCCGUACGCUCAUCACAAUCCCCUUUUAUCCCGCCAUUACUAUGCUGAAUGUUAUAGCGCACACGUACAUAGAGCAGAGAGCACAGACAAAUCCACCCACUCACUCGUGUAGGACUCUAAACUUGCACAACCCUAAGCACUAUCAUUACAGCCUGCAAGCAAAUUAAACAAAACAAAAGAA